AUGAAGCCGGCGCGCGUCCGCAUCGCCCUCGCCACGCGCACCAACACUUCGGCCUUGACCGCAGCAGAAGCCGGGACGUUCUGGAAGCACUCCGUCCCCCGCCCCGUCACCACCCGGACCCAUCUUCGAGAAAUCUUCCGUCGGAACGCCGCAGCACCACAAAACCGUUUUGUCCAGCCCGACGUAGCAAUUGACGGCCCAUGCCGUGAGCCGCCCCAUCGCCCCCUCCAGGCGACUCGCAAGCUUAUGCCAGCGUCCGUCCAAAACGUUGCGCUGAAUUGGGCCCGCAAGAGCCAUGCCCUUUCGGACGCCCUCCCAGUACUUCACCUGUUCCUCCGCAGAGCAUUCGCGCACCUCCCAAGCACCCAUCGCCGUCACAUCGCUCUCGUCAGGGCAGUCCAUGACGAUGCGGCGGGCGCCCAGUUCAUCCUCCCACUCCCUGUAGCGAGUUUCUUCUGGGGGCAGCACGACGAGCACGCCCCAGCCGGCGGGAGGGAGUUUGACGGAUAA